AUGCUGGAAGCAUGCUACACUGACAGUCGUUACAGUCACAAGGACACCUAUUAUCAAGCUCUGGAUCUCACUCAAUCGACAGUAAUGAACGGGCUUACUUUCCAGCUCCAGUCCGGCAUCCAUAAACGGGCACUGACGAUUGAUUCGCCAGAGAUUUCGUUACGCGAUUUACGAGCAGAAGCUUACAAAUUCAUACAAGACACUGUGAGUUUCAAUCUUUCGUCUCAUUCAUUGAUUUUUCUAUUCGAGAACUUUUUGCUAUUCUUUUUUAUGUUCAUUUCUGAAAAUUGUAUUUCCUUCUAUUCUUUACUUUCUAUUGUCUUUCAACUAGUCUUCCAUUCAUCUGAAAAGCUGUGA